UUUGUUUAUCGACGUAACAUAAUACAUUGCGGGAGAGAUACGCAAGGGGCCAUAAGGUGUUCAUACUUAACAACUGCAAAGUGCUUUGCAGGAGAUGCAACACCUAAUUGUUUCAGGUGCACUUAAUGUUCGGUCCGUAUUUUCCAUAAAAGUUGAAUUUUUCGCGUAUCCCGCGGACUUGUCACGUGCCGAGUGACGUAAACGUUAAGUCAGCUGUCGAAAAAAAAUUAAAAAUGCCAAAAAAUUCGUGUUGUAAGUUUUGUAUUGAGAAAAUCCUGUGGUAGUUCCGUUCAGUAUUAGGAUUCAAUCUAAAACGGCGGUAUUACUGAAUCACCAGUUGUUAAUUGCUCAUUGUGUUACAAACUGUUAUGUUAUGGGAAUGUUUUCACACUGAAAAAAUCUCUAGAACAUUAGGCUAAUAUGGUUGUAAAAUCCCAUUUGAAACGUACAGUACGCAUUUUACUAGUGGGUGAUAGGGGCGUAGGUAAAACCUCCUUAAUUCUCUCUUUGGUAAGCGAAGAGUUUCCCGAAAAUGUCCCAUCUAAAGCAGAGGAAAUUACCAUACCGGCCGAUGUCACUCCAGAACAGGUGCCUACAAACAUUGUGGACUUUUCAUCGGCCGAACAAAGUGACACUGAUCUUAACGACCAAAUUAGAAGGGCUAGUGUAGUGUGUGUAGUUUAUGGCGUAGAUGACGAUGAUUCAAUUGAAAGAAUAUCCUCAUACUGGAUGCCUCUUAUCAGGCAAAAUUAUCCAGAUGGUCAGUGCCCAGUUGUUUUGGUUGGAAAUAAAAUUGACCUGGUUGAAUAUUCAACUAUUGAUGGCAUUUAUGAAAUAAUGGAAGAGUUCUCUGAAAUUGAAACAUGCAUAGAGUGUUCAGCUAAAACAUUAAAAAACAUAUCUGAAAUGUUCUACUAUGCCCAAAAAGCAGUUCUUCAUCCGACGUCUCCCAUAUAUUCUGUUGAAAAGGCUGAUUUGACAGAUGCGUGUAAAAAGGCUUUAAUAAGAAUAUUCAAAAUAUGUGACAUAGAUUGUGACGGUCUCUUGAAUGAUAUAGAAUUAAACAAUUUCCAAUCGAGGUGUUUUAAUGCACCGCUUCAGCCCCAAGUUUUGGACGAUGUAAAGGCAGUCCUGCGAAAGAAUCUGGAAGAUGGAGUGUCACAGAACAGUGUGACUUUAAAAGGGUUUUUAUAUUUGCACACGUUAUUCAUACAGCGGGGUAGAAAUGAGACUACGUGGACUGUUUUAAGAAAAUUUGGCUACAAUGACAAUCUAAAUAUGUCCAAAGAGUAUUUAUAUCCACACAUUAAAGUGCCAUCAGGCUGCACCACAGAACUGUCCCAUAAAGGUCAGCAGUUUCUUACGCAUCUUUUCGAGAGGUUUGACAAAGAUAGGGACAAGGCCUUGUCACCAGCAGAAUAUGAAGAAUUGUUUUCGACGUGUCCUUCGCCGGCCUGGGCCCUAGAUGUCAGUGCCAUGGUUCAAACUAACGAGAAAGGUUGGAUAACCUAUCCGGGAUAUAUGUGCCAAUGGGCUCUCAUGACUCUUGUUGAUUUGCCAAGAACGUUUGAAUACCUGGCUUAUAUGGGAUAUAAUAUUUAUGAAAAUGAAAGUCAAGUUUCGGCUGUGACAGUUACAAGAGAAAAAAAAUUAGAUUUAGCAAAGAAACAAUCAAGUAGGAACGUAUAUCAGUGCCAUGUCAUUGGUCCUACAGGAUCAGGGAAAUCAGCAUUUUGUAGGAGCUUUAUUAAAAAUCCUAAAGAUACAAAAAGUGUACUGUUAGAUCAAUCCAGUUCACCCACUUGCACUGUAAACACCGUACAAGUAUACGGACAAGAAAAAAUUAUGGUAUUGAGGGAUAUCAAUGUCAGGAACGUUUCUGACCCUUUACUACCUCACGAGGUCCAGUGUGACGUAGCUUGCCUGGUCUACGACAUAAACAAUCCAAAGAGCUUCGAAUAUUUAGCGAGGAUUUACAUUAAAUAUUUCGCCGACAGUAAAAUUCCGGUUUUAAUUGUCGCUUGUAAAGACGAUUUAGAAGAAGUGAAGCAAGAUUACUUGCUGCAGCCUGCCAGUUUUUCGGAGAAAUACAAAAUACUGCCGCCCCAAAGGUUUAGUGUGAAGGGACAUUUUAGGAAGGACAUUUUCAUAAAACUGGCAACGAUGGCAGCGUUCCCUCCUUUGCGGCGCAUGGUUCAUAUGCUACUCUUGAGACCACAACCAUCAGAGUGGUUAUACGAAUUCUGCAGAAAUUUCCGAGAAUUUGGCGUCAUCACAAACGACCCCACGGUUUGGUGGAAAGCGGGCUUAAGUCUGGCCGCUGUUACAGCGUUGGGCAUUAUCGUAGCAAAGGUACUUCACACCAGCGACAAAGUGAGAUAAGGAUCCAUUGCCAUAUAAUUAUAUUAUGUAGUGUGCAGAUAUUUUAUUGUAAUAUAUAAAUACGAUCAAUUAUAAUCAACUACUUUGCGGUGCUUUUGGUUUUUAUGGUGUUUAUAGGCGUUGUGUAAGUAGUAUGAGACGGUUUUAUUUUGAUGGUACCUUUCUGUAUGUCAUAGAAAAUAUUUUGUACAAAUUUAUAGAUCCUAUACCUACCAGUUAAAUUAUUUUGAGUAAGGCGUUCUGUUUUUAGUUAAAUUAAGU